AUGGAAAACGAAGUUGCUGAACUUUCAUCAAUUUGGCAAAAAAGAUUUUUGAUGACACUGAAGGAAAUAAAUAAUGAUGAUAUGAAAGAUGAACAAGCGCAAUAUAUUGCAGACCUUUUAAGUAAUCAGGAAUCUACAAAAUCUGAUAAAGGAACCAUUGCUAAAUUGUUGGCACAAAUAUUACAAAAUAAAUCUGAAAAAGCUGGUAGUUUGGCACAAGAUAAAGACCAAAGAUUAUCGUUAAAGAAAUGUCAGUCAGAAAUUGAUUCUACGCAAGAUGAAGACCAAAGACUAUCGUUAAAGAAAUGUCAGUCAAAAAUUAAUUCUACGCAAGAUGAAGAUCAAAAAUUAUCGUUAAAGAAACACCAAUUAGAAAUCGAAGAGCCAGAAUUACCUAAAUCAAAAAAAUUUGAAGCUGUAACUGAUUUUACGCAAGAUGAAGAUCAAGGGAUAUUGGAAGAACUAACUGAUUUUGCGCAAGAUGAAGAUCGAAGAUUGUCAUUAAGGGAACGCCGGUUAUCAAUUGAAGAACGCAAAGUAAAACUUGAGCGUGAAAGAAUAGAACUAAUGAAAUUAAAAAAGAGCUUAAUAUAG